GUUAUAAAAUGUGUUACUUGUGACAAGAGUACGGUGGUUGAAAGAAAUGUAGAAGGAGAUAAAAUGUGCGAAGUGUCGAAAUGUACUGAAUGCGAGGCUAGGUACACUCAGUCUGAUAACCAAAGUCAUCCUAGUGAAGCUGUUUCAACACUCGAUCAGAAAACUAGCAGUAAAAAAUCGCCCAACUCGAAAAAUAAUAGCAAUGAUCAAUCGUGUAAUCAGAAAAGAUGUGAGAAAAAUUUAGGAGAUUUGAGGAUUGAUAUUGUAAAGGAUAAAGCUACAAAUGUUGGUGAUGGGAAAAAUCUGCAGUGGUUGCUGCAGCCGUAUUCAGUCAAGGACUUUUUCAGAGGCUACUGGGAAAUUAACCGCUUAAUAAACGCAAUUCGCCGCAGGCACUACUCGAGUGCAUUCAAUCUGACCACAGCGACAGUCGACCAGAUUUUCUGA